AUGCGAGAGGGCAGAAAAUCCUCAGGCGUGGACACAUGUCUCAGCUCGGAGGUGCCCGACUCCACCUUCCAACACUGCAAGGAAGUUUGCAUCUGUCACACGUGGCAUCGGGAAGCUGCGGACAUUCUGAUGUGCACCUUCGGUGUUGCUUCCUUAUGCGCCUGUCUUCUUGUGUUUUGUGCUGACAUCUCGAAGAGAGGCAGGCCAAGCUCAAGAACUGGAACGCAGAGUUCCUGCCUUCGAUGGUCGAAUGGCUGCAACUUCUAUAACAGUCUCUAUUAUGUCGCAUACGCCGUGUCCGACUCUUGGUCGCCACUCUGGGACGAAAGCUGUGGAACAGGCAUUCAGGACCUCUUCAGCAACCAGUGCCAUCAAGCAGGCGGAUCACCCAUGUGUUUCUUGAACUGCUGCUUCUUUGCUGUACCAUGGCUGGAGUUCUUCGGAUAUGGCUCGUACCUUUGGAACAUCAUGUGGCUUCUCGACCUGGCCAGAUUUACAUUGAAGCCCCUUGCACCGGAGAAAGUGCUUGGCAUUCCGUU